UGAACACCUGACAUUCUUUAUCUCAGUUCGGUUUUAAUCUACGUUCCCAAUCGUGUAUAAAGCACAUUGGAAAUACAUCAUCAUAAUGGACGGCAGCCGGUGUGUUGUGUUCGUGGGUUUAGUCUUACUCGUUAAAGUGUGCAUGUCUGAACACUGCAACCACAGGGACAACUGCACCGUGACGGGAUGCAGUCUGGGCGGCAACAUCGAGUGCGACGACGACAACAUUUGUACCUGUCACGUGGCUGACUGCCUGGACGGUGAGAAAGUGGGAGUGGGCUGCGGAUCCCAAGGGGCGAGUUUCUGUUAUAACUGGUAUAACAGUGCGACGAAGCACAACUGCGACUGCGCCGACUUAAACAAUCUCCACUGUAUUGACGGCAAGUGUCGCUGCGGCUACCCACCAAACUCGUAGACUUCGAUGAACCGGAGCAACAGGUACUACUGGACUUGCAAGAAAAAAUAAAGACAGAAUUCCAAGCCAAACAAAUAUAAUAUUCUACUCUUGUUGCUUGGUAACAAAUGUAAAUAAAUUAGUGCAGAUGUU